AGCUAUCCUCCGGUACUUAUAAGCAUGACAGAUAAUAAUCCAGACGGUGGAGUUGCUGUCGACUUGUUUGUUCUUGAUGACAAGUUGGCCAAGAUCAGAACUCAGAUCAACUCCAAGUUGGAAAACCAAAAGCAUUUAGCCAUUAUUUUAUCAGCAGUAGAGGAAAACAUUGAAGAGCAAAACAAUGAAAAAACACCUGUAGCCUACUUUGUUUCAUUCUUGUCCUUGUUGGAUCAGUGUAUCAGAGAUGACGAGAUCGUCGACGGAACGUUGGCUGCUACCACUGCCUACUUUUUGGAUAUCGUUUUUCCAUUCACUCCCAAGGCAUUGUUGAAGUCCAAAUUCGGAGACAUUUUGGCCAAAUUGGCACCACCUUUAACCCUUCCAGAAGCUGAAGCUCCAUUAGUAAGAUCAACUAUCGGCGCCUUGGAGAGCUUAUUGUUGGCUCAGGACCAUCAGCAGUGGGUCGCAUCAGGAAACAUUUCUCCGAAGAGAGCUUUACUUGGAUUGUUGGAAUUGUCCUUUGAUCCCAGACCUAAAGUUAGAAGAAGAGCUCAGGAGGCCGUGCACAACAUCUUAACGCAUCCCCCAGCAUCUCCUUCGCCUACACACGUUGCUGCACCUGUGGCUGGUGACGUCUCAUUAAAUAAGCUUACAUCGUUGCUCCAGGAAAGUAAAAAGCACCAGAAGAACUCCAACAAAGAGAUCAACUCGCAGAUUAUCCACUGCUUGCAAUUGAUAACUUCAAUCACGUCUGCCAAUGCCUGGCCAGCUAACAAAAUCGAACGUUUGUGUGAUAUUUUGUUGGAAAUCUCUAAGACUUCAGACCAGUACUUGGUGUCGUCUGCCUUCUCAGCAUUCGAAGGUUUGUUCAAAUCUAUGAAUAACAUCAUUGAUGUAGAGAAGUUCACCAACAUCUUAGACAUCAUAUUUGACUUGAAACCAUCAAUCAACGAUGCCCACUUGGCUGCCUCGUGGUUGGCUGUAGUAGCCAAGGCUCUUGAAAGUUUUGCUACCUUGUCUCCCGAAGUAUGUUUGGAAAAGCUUCCCAGUAUAAUUCCAGUAGUGUCGCAUUUUUUGAGCUCUGACUCUAAGGAUAUUUAUGAAUCUUCCUCUCAGUGUCUCAUUGCUAUUGUGAGCGAAACUAUCCCAGACAACUUCUUGUUGCAACCUUCUGCUACGAACGGUAUCACUGGUGAAAUCUACGAAAAGGUAGAUGAUGUGAUUACUUUCAUAAGUGAGCAUAUCGAGCACGAGUUGUUAUCUGUGAAGUAUCAGCAUGCUGUCAAGGAAAUCCUUGAACUCAUCACAGCUAUCAUCUUGAAAUUGAGAACUCGUGUCAAUCCCGACUUCUUGGGUAUACUCGGUAUUGUAGGAGAAUGGCGUACAAACGAGAAGGACUCAUUUCCAUUCAACAAAGAAGCUGAAGAUGUAAUUUCUGCUGCAAUUUCCACUAUUGGUCCUCAAGUCGUCUUGAGCGUUCUUCCUUUGAAUUUGACAGGUGGUGAUCAACCAGGUAGAGCAUGGUUGCUUCCUCUCUUGAGAGAUAAUGUGAGAUUUGCUGAAUUGAAUUUCUUUAAAUCGUCCAUCUUUCCAGCUGUAGAGUUUUUCGAAAAUAAAAUUGCUGAAGCCUCGAACAAGCAGUCGAUGCAUAUCAAAAUCUUCCAGACCAUUGUGGACCAAAUCUGGUCGUUGUUGCCUCACUUCUGUGAUCUUCCUAAGGACUUGACUUCUGCCUUUGACGAUGCCUUUGCUGCUCAGUUGUCUGACUUAAUGUACUCCCGAGUAGAAUUGAGAACUCCCAUCUGCCAUGCUUUGAGAUUGCUUGUAGAAUCCAACGUUGCCUGCCGCGACGGAGCCUUGGAAAGUGAUUUGCUUAUCCAGGAAGAGCUUCCAAUCAAGCAGGCUAACGAGAACUUGGACUAUCUUGCUGCCAAAGCUUCCAACAUUCUCUCGGUCUUGUUCAACGUCUUCUCUUCUACUUUGCCUGACUCUAGAGGUUUUGUUUUGGAGACUAUUGACACAUACUUGCAGAUUGUUCCUAAGGGCGACUUGGAAGAAACCUUCAACAAGGUCUGUGGUUUGUUGAAGAAUGCUAUGGAUGAAGAAGCUCAUGCUGCCCAACCUCAAGGAAAGAAGUCGGAAACACCAAAGUUGAGUAUCACAAUGUUAGACUUGAUUGUGGCCAUGAGUAAAUACGUACCUGAAUCUUCCCACAAUGCCCUUUUCUCUAUCUUCUCUGCUACGGUUCCUUUGCAAAACAAUGCCUUGAUGCAGAAGAGAUCUUACAGAAUAAUAUCCAAGUUAGCUGAAACUGACGAGGGAAAGCAGUCUCUCUUGAAGUUUAUUGGUGAAAUCGAGAAUGUUCUCAUCGAGAAUACAGAGACUACCCACAGUUCUGCCAGAGCUUCCAGGUUGAAUGCUAUCUUGUUGGUUUUGGAGUUGUUGCCGCAGUCGGAUCUUUUCUUUAUCCCUUCUAUUGUACAAGAAAUCAUUCUUUCAACCAAGGAUGUCAAUGAAAGAACCAGAGAGUUAUCUUACCAGAUUUUGAUCAAGAUGGGUCACAAGAUGGCUGAAGGUGGGGUUGUAGAAAAUGGCAGAGUUCCAGGCUUUGAUGCUGAAACUCCAUCUUCUGAAGCUAGUUUGACUGAGUUUUUCACUAUGGUCAGUGCUGGUUUGGCUGCUCAGGCUCCACACAUGAUCUCUGCUACUAUCACUGCAAUUUCUUGUUUGGUUUUUGAGUUCAAAGAUAAGUUGCCGAUCGAUAUGUUGUUAGAAAUCGCGUCGACUGUGGAAUUAUUCUUGACUCACAACUCGAGAGAAAUUGCCAAGUCUGCCAUUGGUUUUGUCAAGGUCGAAGUCUUGUCGUUACCGGAAGAGAUGGUAAGAGCCAAUUUGUCUGAGUUGUUGACCAAGUUGAUGAGAUGGUCUCACGAACACAAGGGGCACUUCAAGUCUAAGGUCAAGCAUAUCUUAGAAAGAUUGAUCAGAAAGUUUGGGGUUGAAGUAGUAGAGGAAGCAAUUCCUGAAGACGACAAGAAGUUGGUUGCCAACAUCAAGAAGACCAGAAACAGGGCAAAGAGAAAGCAAGAUGCUGAAGAAGCUGAGACUUCUGCCGCUGGUCCUGAAAAGAAGUUCGUCUCUGCUUACGAAGAAGCAUUGUAUGACUCCGAUGUUUCCGACGAUGAAAUGGAAGAAGACGAAGUAGAUGACAAUUCUUCUAGAAAUAAGAAGAAGGCUAACCAGUAUAUCUUGAAGACUGGUGACGAACCAUUGAACUUGUUGGACCGUCAGUCGUUAGCACACAUCUCAUCCUCUAAGCCAAAGAAGUUCUCUAAAGCAUCAGUAAACAAAUCUGACUUCAAGACCAAGAACGGCAAGUUUGUCUUCAAUGAAAAUGAUGAGGAAGAGGACCCAUUAGCUGGGAAAGGCUCUGGUGUAGAUGCCUACUUGGACGCUGUGAAACAGGCUCCAGUUAGAGGCCAAAGAAACAAGUUGAAGUUCAAGAAAAAUAAGAGCAACGACGACAACUUCUCCGAUGAUGAAGAACCUGAAAGGCCUUCUAAGGCUUCUUCGAGGGACAGGGUGUUGGGUAAGAACAAGAUCUCCAAGCCUAAAAAACCACUUAAGUCCAGAAAGAAGCUCUAAUCCAGCAAAGAGCAACCAGUCUAAGAACAGAGAUUUCUAGAAUGGUCAUAUGCAUAUACUUCAUCUUUUACUCUUCCCUUUUGUAUAUUAUUAUUACAUUUCAAAAUGCAUAUCUUAAUAGUCUUAA